AUGGUUGACCCUCUGAAAAUAUUUUGGGUUUUAACGAACAGUACUUAUUUAGUAACGAAAUUCAUCCGUAUCGGCAUCGCGGAUAAAAAUGACAACCCGCCGUAUUUCGACAAAGAGUUAUACGAGGCGGAGGUCGACGAAAAUGAAGACAUCCAGCACACAGUCCUCACAGUCACCGCCAAAGAUCACGAUGAAUCAUCGCGUAUUCGAUACGAGAUUACGAGCGGGAACAUAGGGGGUGCGUUCGCUGUAAAGAACAUGACUGGCGCAAUCUAUGUGGCAGGGGCACUCGACUAUGAAACAAGGAAACGGUACGAGUUGAAGUUAGCUGCAUCGGACAACCUCAAGGAGAACUAUACGACCGUGGUGAUUCACGUGAAGGAUGUGAAUGAUAAUCCCCCUGUGUUCGAGCGGCCUACAUAUCGAACUCAAAUUACUGAAGAAGACGACCGCAAUCUUCCCAAGCGAGUGCUACAGGUAACGGCUACAGAUGGCGAUAAAGAUAGACAACAAAACAUUGUUUACUUUCUAACGGGCCAAGGGAUCGAUCCAGAUAAUCCAUCAAAUAGCAAAUUCGAUAUUAACCGAACCACAGGAGAAAUAUUCGUUCUUAAGCCAUUAGAUCGAGAUCAACCGAAUGGACGACCACAAUGGAGAUUCACAGUAUUCGCUCAAGAUGAAGGAGGUGAAGGACUAGUAGGAUAUGCUGAUGUCCAAGUCAACCUUAAAGAUAUUAACGAUAACGCACCGAUUUUCCCGCAAGGUGUUUACUUCGGUAAUGUAACAGAAAAUGGAACAGCAGGCAUGGUUGUGAUGACUAUGACUGCCAUAGAUUACGAUGAUCCAGCUGAAAGUAACAAUGCGAAACUGUGGUAUUCUAUUGAAAAGAAUGUUAUAGAAGAAGAAACAGGCUCACCUAUAUUUGAAAUAGAACCAGAAACUGGUGUUAUUAAAACGGCCGUUUGUUGCCUAGAUCGUGAAAGAACGCCUGAUUAUUCUAUACAAAUAGUAGCAUCAGAUGGAGGGGGGCUAAAAGGAACUGGCACAGCAUCCAUAAGAGUGAAAGACAUAAACGAUAUGCCGCCUCAAUUUACUAAAGAUGAAUGGUUUACAGAAGUAGAUGAAACUGAUGGAACUAAUUUACCGGAAAUGCCAAUUCUUACUGUAACCGUUCACGACGAAGAUGAAACUAAUAAAUUUCAAUAUAAAGUAAUUGAAAAUAGUGGUUACGGUGCUGAUAAAUUUACUAUGGUUAGAAAUAAUGAUGGUACCGGUUCUUUGAAAAUUGUACAGCCUCUUGACUACGAAGAUCAACUUCAGAGCAAUGGUUUUAGAUUUAGAAUACAAGUAAAUGACAAAGGUGAAGACAACGAUAAUGACAAAUAUCAUGUAGCUUAUUCGUGGGUCGUUGUUAAACUUAGAGAUAUAAAUGACAAUAAACCUCAAUUUGAACGAGCUAAUAUUGAAGUAUCUGUAUAUGAAAAUGCAGAAGUUGGCAAAAGCCUUGAAACAUUUAAAGCAACCGAUCCUGAUCAAGGUGGUAAAAGCAAAGUUUCAUAUGCUAUUGAUAGAUCAUCUGAUAGAAAAAGACAGUUUUCUAUAAAUCAAGAGGGAACUGUAAGUAUUCAAAGAUCUUUAGAUAGAGAAGAUACGCCUAGACAUCAAGUAAAAAUUUUAGCUAUAGAUGAUGGAGUUCCUCCAAGAACAGCAACAGCCACUUUAACAGUAAUAGUCCAAGACAUUAAUGAUAAUGCACCAACAUUCCUAAAAGAUUAUAGGCCCGUUUUAACUGAACACAUAACUCCUAAAAAAGUUGCAGAAAUAUUGGCCACCGAUGAUGAUGAUCGAUCAAAAAGUAAUGGUCCACCAUUUCAGUUCAGACUUGAUCCUGGUGCUGAUGACAUAAUAAGGGCCUCCUUUAAAGUAGAACAAGAUCAAAAAGGUGCAAAUGGUGAUGGCAUGGCCAUUGUUUCAUCACUUCGCUCUUUUGAUAGAGAACAGCAGAAGGAAUAUCUUAUUCCUAUUAUAAUUAAAGAUCACGGCAAUCCUGCAAUGACUGGAACAAGUACUUUAACUGUAGUGAUUGGUGACGUCAAUGACAAUAAAAUGCAACCAGGUUCUAAGGAAAUUCUCGUUUACAACUAUCAGGGACAAGCUCCAGAUACAGAAAUCGGAAGAGUUUAUGUUUAUGAUUUAGAUGACUGGGAUUUACCCGAUAAAAAGUUCUUCUGGGAAAGUUCAGAACACCCAAACUUUACAUUAAAUGAAGAAACCGGUAUGAUUCAAAUGAAACAUAAAACUAGAGAAGGAAGAUAUCAUUUAAAAUUCAAAGUUUAUGAUAGGAAACACACACAAACUGAUGUUCCCGCUAAUGUCACUGUUUAUGUAAAAGAAAUAUCUCAUGAUGCAAUCAUAAAUUCUGGUUCGAUACGAAUAUCGGGAAUAUCAGAUGAAGAUUUUGUUCGAGUAUGGAAUUAUAAAACAUUGAGUGUAUCCAGGAGUAAAUUAGAUAUAUUUAAAGACAAAUUAGCGGAUCUACUCAAUACUGAACGAGAAAACAUUGAUAUAUUUAGUGUCCAAUUAAGAAAGAAACAUCCUCCAGUAACUGACAUUCGUUUUUCAGCACAUGGUGCUCAUUAUUAUAAGCCCAUUCGGUUAAAUGGUAUAGUACUUAUGCAUCGAGAGGAAAUCGAAAGAGCUGUAGGGAUUAAUAUAACCAUGGUCGGUAUUGAUGAAUGUCUAUAUGAAAAUCAAAUGUGUGAAGGAUCUUGCACAAAUGUGUUAGAUAUUAGUAACUUACCAUAUAUGGUCAAUGCUAAUAAAACUGCUCUUGUUGGUGUAAGAGUUGACGUAAUUGCUGAAUGCACAUGUGGUGCUAGGAAUUUUACACAAGCUGAAACUUGUCGAAAUUCUCCAUGUUAUAACGGUGGCAGAUGUAUAGAAGGGAAAUAUGGAUUAACUUGUUCAUGUCCGCCGGGUUAUACGGGACCAAGAUGUCAACAAACGUCGAGGAGUUUCCGAGGAACUGGAUGGGCAUGGUAUCCAUCUUUAGAGAUGUGUGACAGUUCUCAUUUAAGUUUUGAAUUUAUUACAAGAAAAUCAGAAGGUGUUUUGCUUUAUAAUGGACCAAUAGUACCACCUGAACCGGAAGAAAUUGUAGUGUCCGAUUUCAUUUCUGUUGAACUAGAAAGAGGAAAUCCCAGAUUACUUAUAGAUUUUGGAUCAGGCACCUUAGAACUCAGAGUGAAAACUAAGAAAUCUUUAGAUGACGGCGAAUGGCAUCGUUUAGAUAUAUUUUGGGAUACUGAAAAUGUAAGAAUGAUUGUAGACUUCUGUAAAUCAGCAGAUAUCCAAGAAAUGGAAGAUGGUACGCCACCAGAGUUUGAUGACUCUACUUGUCAAGCAUCUGGUAGUAUACCUCCAUUUAAUGAAUACUUAAAUGUUAAUGCACCAUUGCAAAUCGGGGGAUUGUACAUAGAACAUUUUGAUCCUACACAUUAUCACUGGCAGUACAUGCCCAUCGGUAAAGGCUUCGACGGUUGCAUCAGAAAUUUGAUUCACAAUAGUAAACUUUAUGAUUUAGCCCAUCCUGGCUUGUCGCGAAAUUCUGUGGCUGGAUGUCCACAAACAGAAGAAGUUUGCAAUCAAGCAGACACUACAUCAAGAUGUUGGGAGCAUGGCACGUGCGUUGGUAGUUUUUCCGAAGCUAGAUGUCAGUGUCAACCGGGUUGGACUGGACCAUCUUGUAACUUACCAACUACUCCUACUAGUUUUAGACCACAGAGCUAUGUCAAAUUUGCACUAAGCUUUGAACCUGAUAGAUUUAGUACCCAAAUUCAACUACGGUUUAGAACUCGAGAGCCUCACGGUGAACUGUUUAGAGUGAGUGAUCAACAUAAUCGUGAAUAUGGAAUACUUGAAGUGAAAGAUUCUCGAUUACAUUUCCGAUAUAAUCUAAACUCAUUACGUACAGAAGAACGUGAUGUUUGGCUAAAUUCGGUAGCUGUUGAUGAUGGUCAAUGGCAUAUUGCUCGGGUCAGUAGGUAUGGCAGUGCUGCCACUCUUGAAAUUGAUGGCGGUGAAGGAAGAAGAUACAACGAAACCUUUACGUUUGAAGGACAUCAGUGGCUUCUAGUUGAUAAACAGGAGGGCGUUUAUGCAGGAGGUAAAGCUGAGUACACUGGCGUGAGAACGUUUGAGGUUUACGCAGACUUCCAAAAAGGCUGUUUAGAUGAUAUUAGAUUAGAAGGCAAACAUUUACCAUUACCUCCGGCUAUGAAUGGCACUCAGUGGGGCCAAGCAACGAUGGCAAGAAAUUUAGACAGAAACUGCCCGUCAAAUAGUCCCUGCAUCAACGUUCAUUGCACCGAACCUUUUGUAUGUGUCGACCUGUGGAACGAAUAUGAAUGCACCUGCGGUGAGGGUUUGGUAUUGUCUCCGGACGGCAAAGGUUGCGUUGACAAGAACGAAUGUCUCUACUUCCCGUGCCGCAACGGCGGUUCGUGUGUCAACCGCGAGCCGGGCUAUCGCUGCCACUGCCCCGAGGGUUUCUGGGGCGAGAACUGCGAGCUCGUUCAGGAGGGCCGGACGUUGAAGCUCAGCAUGGGCGCGCUCGCGGCCAUCCUCGUCUGCCUCCUAAUUAUCAUGAUUCUCGUGUUGGUGUUUGUGGUGUACAAUCGACGUCGAGAGGCGCAUAUAAAAUACCCGGGACCCGACGACGAUGUUCGUGAGAAUAUAAUUAACUAUGACGACGAAGGCGGUGGCGAAGAUGACAUGACAGCCUUUGAUAUCACACCACUUCAAAUACCCAUCGGCGGACCUCUACCUGAUCAUAUUCCAUCUAAACUACCUUGAGUGCCACCAGCCGUGGGUGUGCCUCUACCGGGGGAGACCAACGUGGGUAUGUUCAUAGAAGAACACAAGCGAAGAGCGGAUAGCGACCCAAACGCGCCACCUUUCGACGACCUCAGGAACUACGCGUAUGAGGGUGGCGGUAGCACUGCCGGGUCUUUGUCUUCGCUUGCUUCUGGGACCGACGACGAAGUGCACGAAUAUGACUACUUGGGCGCGUGGGGGCCGCGCUUCGACAAGCUGGCUGACCUGUACGGACCCGACAUGGACGAGCAGCUGUAGAGUGACCUGUCAAUUGUGAACACCCCCCCACAUACACACCAGCACGGACCGCCCCCCACUUCGCGACCACCGCCAUCAUCUUAAACGAUUUUCUACAAGUUUAUUUUAUACUAUAGAAAAAUGUUAGCUUAAAUAUGUCUGUAAGUUAAGACA